GAGCACUAUUCUGGGGAAGACAGUGUUUGGGUGAAAAAUCAGCCCUGAUUCACGCUAUGUUGUCAGAAAGCUCAGCGGUGCACACCAGCUGGGUGGGAUCAGGCUGUGUUAAUCCCCUCCCUGCUGCCAGCCUUUAUAAUCCCCUCGUGCCAUCGCUGCCAGCACUCCGGGGUGUGUGGUGGCAUGGCCCAGCAGCGUCGUGUUCAGCUUUGCACCCAACGGCCCACCAGCACCGUCUGUGUGCUGGGCACAGAGCUGUCCUUGGACAUCCAGGGGUCAGCACCCAAGGAUGCCAUCGCCUUCCAUGUGCAGGGCACGCCAGGCGUGAAAGUCUACGUGGUGCAUGAGACACAGAGUGUGAAGCUGCCCUCAAGUGUCACCCGCUGGCCCUUGGCCACUGGCACUGAGGUGUUGCUCACCAUGGAGGCAAUCAGCAAGGAUGUCGGGGACGAGAAGGUCAGGAUUUCCUAUUUUGGUGAAGCCAGUGGGGUGCCAGUGGGCAGAGCCAUGCUGUACCUCACCUGCGUGGAAGUCUCGCUGGAUGCUGACACUGGUCGCAGUGGGUCAGUCAGCAGGACAUUGGUGGACAAGGCCACGUGGACAUGGGGUCCUGAUGGGCAUGGUGCCAUUCUGCUGGUCAACUGUGAUCGCGAUGACCCCAAAAGCCAGUUGAUGGGUGAUGGCAGCAAACCCAAAAGCCAGCUGACAGAUAAUCGUGACACCAUUGUGUGCUCCUACGAAGACCUGAAGGACAUGUCACAAAUGGUUCUGCGGACUCGUGGACCACGCACCAUCUUCACUGGCCAUGGCCUCGUCCUACACGUGGGUUUCAGUGAUGCUGAUAAAGUCGGCGUGUUCUACGGAGGCAACAGCAUUGCACUGGAGGAGUACAAGCAUGUGCUGGGAGGUGAGAAGCUCGCCUAUGCCGUGAAGCCCAGCCAGCACCAGGAGGAAAGCAUCUUCUACGUGGAGGGGCUCGCCUUUCCUGAUGCCGGCUUUUCAGGGCUGGUUGCAUUCCAUGUCACACUGCUGGAGAGCCCUGAGAAGGGUUUGCUGGAGACGCCGAUUUUCACAGACACGGUGGUGUUCCGUGUGGCUCCGUGGAUCAUGACACCCAACACAUUGGCACCAUUGGAGGUCUUCGUGUGUAGCGUGGAGGACAAUGAGGACUUUGUGGCGGCUGUCAGCGCACUGGCUGAGGAAGCCAAGUGCCCAGUGACCAUCUGCCCGCUGCCUGAGAACCGCAAUGACCGUUGGAUCCAGGAUGAAGUGGAGUUUGGCUAUGUGCAAGCACCCCAUAAAAUGUUUCCAGUGGUCUUCGACUCACCCCGUGACCGGGGCCUGAAGGACUUCCCUGUCAGGAGCAUCCUGGGCCCCGAUUUUGGCUAUGUGGCUCAGGAAACACCAGAGAACACCUCUAGCCUUGACUCCUUCGGCAACCUGGAGGUCAGCCCACCAGUGACAGUGCGCAGCAAGGAGUACCCGCUGGGCCGCAUCCUCAUUGGCAGCAGCUUCCCCAGGUUUGGCGGCCGACGCAUGGCCAAAGCAGUGCGGAAUUUCCUUGCUGCCCAACGGGUGCAGGCGCCUGUGGAGCUCUUCUCAGACUGGCUGCAGGUUGGACAUGUUGAUGAGUUCCUCAGCUUCAUCCCUGUACCUGAUCGGAAGGGAUUUAGGCUGCUGCUGGCCAGCCCUAGUGCCUGCUACCAGCUGCUCAGGGAGAAGCAGGAGAUGGGCUAUGGGGAAGCGACAAUGUUCCAGGGGCUGCACGGUGUGCCCAAGCCGAGCAUCAACGAGAUCCUGGGAAAUGAAGCGCUGCGCAAGUUCAAUGCCUACGCACAGAGCUGCAUUAGUUGGAACCGGGACAUCCUGAAGCGGGAGCUGGGGCUGGCUGAGCAGGACAUCAUCGACAUCCCACAGCUCUUCCAAGCUGAUGACCAAGCCAGAGCCAUGGCCUAUUUUCCUGACAUGGUGAACAUGCUGGUGCUGGGCAGACACCUGGGCAUACCUAAGCCCUUCGGGCCGCUGGUGGCUGGUCAGUGCUGCCUGGAGGAGCGGGUGAGGGCACUGCUGCAGCCCCUGGGGCUCUCCUGCACCUUCAUCGACGACUUCUUCUCCUACCACAAGCUUGCUGGAGAGGUGCACUGCGGCACCAAUGUCCGCCGCAAACCCUUUGCCUUCAAGUGGUGGCGGAUGGUGCUCUAAGCCACCCAUUUUCCUCCUUUUUUCCCCCCAAAUCCCCUUCUCCAUCCCUGUAAGUGCCUUCUGCAGCAGCCCCCCUAACUCCCCUUGGAAAUAAAUGAGGGCUGUGUUUGCUUCCAGCCUCCUGCUGAGGUUGAAGACAUCUCUAAAUGGUGGUUAGCGGGGUGAUGCAGUGCUCUGCGGUGAUGUAUGUGGAAAAAAGCAUCUGCAUGUUUAACAAUGCAAUGCAUGCAUAAAAAUGCACCAAAAAACCCACGCAUGCACAGAAAGAAAUGCACAAAAAAAUGUCUGCACAAGCUUGCAAAAUGUGUAUGCAUGGGAGCAAUCAUAGAAAAACAUGCAUGCAUUAGAAGAAAUGCCCACAGAAAAUGUAUGAGUGCAUGUGCUGCUUUACAAAGUGGGCAUGCAUAGGUGGGAAUAUGAAUGAUAAAACUACACCAAAACAUUUGUGAACACAAACUGCCCUGUGUGCACCACAUCAGGCAAGCAUGUACUGAAAGAUGCAUGCAGGGACAAAAAUAUGAAGGCAAAAAAUAUCAAAAUAAAAAAUAACCACAUGCACAGAGUAAAAUGCACACAUGCACUAGAAAAAAAACCAUGUACAAAUACAUGCAUGUAGAAAGAAAAUGUACAUGCACAAAACCACAUAUAUGUAUGUACUGCUGCACUUACACCCUGCUUGUAAAAUCAUAGAGGGAACAAAGGGGAAGAGAUGAGGGGAUGGAAGAUUGUGUUAGCAGCAGGAUGGUGCCCCCUAAUGGCUGUGUGUGGGUUGGCUUUUAGGGAUGUUGGUGCUGAGAGUGCACAGCAUUGGGGUGACAAUAGAGCACUCCCUUUAUUUGUCUAUUCUGGUUAGAAAAGAAAAUGGGCAGGAAUGAAGGUGAGGAACUCCACGCCUUCGUGAUGAAUGUUAGGGGAACUUUUGCUGAUUGCAUCACUGCUUUGAGCCAAAACUGGGGAUUGGGGUGUGCAUGCAGUAGCUGAGAGGCGUACACAACAUCAUUUAUUUAAACAUUUACUCCAAGAAAUAUAAAAAAACAUGAUGAAGACAACGACAGCACUAACCAGAAACCUGUCGCCUCAUCUAAAGGGAACGCUGCUCUGAGAGCAUCGUGGUUUAUUAUUAUUCCAUGCUUCCAGCCUUCUCCUUUUGCUGGGAUGCAAUGGGGCACAAUUGGACCUGGAGCCCAAAUUGCUGUUUUAGGGAUGAAAGUGGCUUUUUGCUGUUUUUCCACCCCUGUUCUUAGGCUGCAGCAAAUCGUUGUGCCUAUUUGGGGCUGGCAGCUGAUGGGGAUGAUCCUGAAAUAUUGCAGGUAGAAAAAAGUGGGGAUAAGGUUCUAAAAGCCCCAUUGGGGUGCUGCACGCCCUGACCUCCUCCUGCAGCAAAUGUGAAUAUUGCUCAAAAAAACGGAGUAUCUGACAUCUCUGCCCCGUUGCUCUUCCCAUCCUGGAAGUUUUGACUCUAACACACCAAGAUAAACCCCAAAAUAAAUCCUAACCCCAAAGCAAACAUAAAGAACCCUCCCCUCCUUUUUUUUUUGUAAAAUCUUUUUUUUUUUUUUUUUUUUUUCCAUAAAAUACU